GUGAGGGCGGAAGGACGUUUGUUCUUUUUUUCUUUUCCUCUACUUUUAGGGAUUUAUCCAAUCCAUCCAUCCAGUAGCUAGAGAAGCAGAAUCAGCACAAUCCCCAGAAACUCCAGUCUCCAACCAUGGCGUCUUCUAUCUCAACAUUCAGCAACCCUUCUUCUUCUUCCGUCAGCGCCGGCUUUCACGGUGAUAAGCUAUCUUCGUCUCUGUUUGGCGCCGGCAUCAGUAGCUUGUCUUCUCACCCCCGCGGCUCUCUUCAAUUCUUCCAAAUCUCGCCCUCCCGCCUCUCCCCCAGACCACUCUCUCUGCGGGCAAUGGCUCCACCAAAACCCGCCGGCGGCAAGGCUAAGAAAGUGGUUGGGCUCAUCAAGUUGGCUCUGGAGGCCGGAAAGGCUACUCCGGCGCCUCCAGUCGGACCGGCACUGGGUUCGAAAGGUGUCAACAUUAUGGCCUUCUGCAAGGAUUACAAUGCCCGAACUGCUGAUAAAGCUGGUUAUGUCAUUCCUGUUGAGAUUACCGUCUUCGAUGACAAGAGCUUCACUUUCAUUUUGAAGACGCCCCCUGCUUCAGUUCUGUUGCUCAAGGCCGCAGGAGCGGAGAAAGGUUCCAAGGACCCGAAGAAUGAGAAAGUGGGUAUGAUAACCAUUGAUCAACUGCGGACAAUUGCUACAGAAAAGCUGCCAGAUUUGAACUGCACCAACAUUGAGUCUGCAAUGAGAAUCAUAGCGGGAACAGCAGCUAAUAUGGGCAUUGACAUUGAUCCCCCUGUUCUAGAACCCAAAAAGAAGGAACUAGUGUACUAGUUCUCUCUGUGCCCUACUUGGGGACUUGUAUUUGUUUUUACCAUGUUUGUAUUCAGAAAUCAUCCGUUUGAGGCUUACAACUGUGUGAAAAAGUAGGGAAGUUAUGGAAAGGGCUUGGUCUAAAUUUGCUCAGUUGAGGUCGACUCUGUUUAUGAGGAGAGAUUUGUUCCUCGAACGUGUGGUGUAGUCAAUUUUUUCAGAGACCAUCGUUUGUUUUUUCUUUUUUCU